CCCGACACCCCAGCCGCUCGCCGGGCGGCUGCUCCGCCGGCUUUUCAUCUCCGGGGGUAGGAGGGAGAUGCCUUUGCCGCGGUUUUUCCACCCCCAGCCCUCUCCGUGCAGGGAGAGGCGGUGAUGUGGAGCCGGGAAUGUAGAGGAAAACCCUCCCCGGGAAGGAGCGACCAAAACAAAUCCCUCGCCGUGGCUUUGGCGGCCGCGCAGUGCCCGGGGAAGCCCGAGCAGCCCCUGCCAGCGCUGGGGAAUCCCUCCUGCAGCCCCCGGCGGCGCCCCGAGCGCCCGCGGAGCAAGCUUUGGGAAUGGAGCUGUCUGUCUGAAGAGGAUUCUGCCCAAAUAGCCGUAGUCUCGAAGCUCAUUUUCCUACAGACUCUGGUGUUACAUCUUCAUCUUUUUCAGAAUGGCUGAGAAAGCUCCACCAGGGAUCACCAAAAAGUCUUCAAGGUCCACCCUUUCUCUCCCCCCAGAACCAGUGGAGAUCAUUAGGAGCAAAGCCUGCUCACGGAGAGUUAAAAUAAAUGUUGGUGGGCUCAACCAUGAAGUGCUCUGGAGGACUUUGGACAGACUUCCAAGGACACGAUUAGGAAAGCUCAGAGACUGCAAUACCCACGAAUCUCUGCUAGAAGUAUGUGAUGACUAUAAUCUGAAUGAAAAUGAGUAUUUUUUUGAUCGACACCCAGGGGCUUUCACUUCCAUUUUGAAUUUCUACAGGACAGGGAAACUACAUAUGAUGGAAGAAAUGUGUGCUCUCUCUUUUGGCCAGGAGCUUGAUUACUGGGGGAUUGAUGAAAUAUAUUUAGAAUCUUGCUGCCAGGCAAGAUACCAUCAGAAGAAAGAGCAAAUGAAUGAGGAACUGAGGAGAGAGGCAGAGACAUUGCGAGAGAGAGAAGGGGAAGAGUUUGAUAAUACCUGCUGCCCAGAGAAAAGGAAGAAGCUUUGGGACUUGCUUGAGAAACCCAACUCAUCUGUUGCAGCAAAGAUUUUGGCCAUUGUGUCCAUUCUGUUCAUCGUCCUGUCCACUAUUGCUUUGUCUCUUAACACACUGCCAGAACUUCAAGAAAUAGAUGAAUUUGGGCAGCCAAAUGACAACCCUCAGCUAGCACACGUUGAAGCUGUGUGCAUUGCUUGGUUUACCAUGGAGUAUCUUUUGCGUUUUCUGUCUUCACCAAAUAAGUGGAAGUUCUUCAAAGGCCCAUUAAAUGUCAUUGACUUACUGGCUAUCUUGCCGUACUAUGUCACCAUUUUCCUCACAGAGUCCAAUAAAAGUGUCCUGCAAUUCCAAAAUGUCAGACGUGUGGUUCAGAUAUUUCGAAUUAUGAGGAUCCUAAGGAUUCUUAAGCUCGCCAGACAUUCAACAGGCCUUCAGUCUUUAGGCUUUACACUCAGGCGUAGUUACAAUGAAUUGGGCUUGUUGAUAUUAUUUUUAGCCAUGGGUAUAAUGAUAUUUUCAAGUCUUGUAUUCUUUGCUGAAAAGGAUGAGGAUGCUACAAAAUUUACAAGUAUUCCUGCAUCAUUCUGGUGGGCAACAAUCACUAUGACUACUGUAGGAUAUGGUGACAUUUAUCCUAAGACCUUAUUAGGUAAAAUAGUUGGAGGACUUUGCUGUAUUGCUGGAGUGCUGGUCAUAGCCCUGCCUAUACCAAUUAUUGUGAACAAUUUCUCAGAAUUUUAUAAGGAGCAGAAAAGACAGGAGAAAGCAAUUAAGAGGAGAGAAGCACUUGAGCGAGCUAAAAGAAAUGGCAGUAUUGUCUCCAUGAAUUUGAAAGAUGCUUUUGCUCGCAGUAUGGAAAUGAUAGAUGUAGCAGUAGAUUCAGGAAAGCUUGGAGAACCACUCAGUCCAAAGGAGACACCUGAUAACAGCCACCUGUCCCCAAGCAGGUGGAAAUGGGCCAGAAGGACAAUGUCUGAAACAAGCUCAAACAAAUCUUAUGAAAACAAGUACCAAGAAGUUAGUCAACAAGACUCCCAUGAGCAAUUAAACAAUGCUGCAGCAUCCUCCAGCCCACAGCACCUGAGUGCUCAAAAACUGGAAAUGCUGUAUAAUGAAAUUACUAAAACCCAGUCUCAGCCUAAUCUUAAUGCUGGUUACCAAGACCAGUCAGCAAAGCCACCCAGUUAUGAGGAAGAAAUAGAAAUGGAAGAAGUUAUAGGUCAGAGAGAUCCACUGCCGACGGGGCCUGCGGACAUCGUAAUGGACAUGAGAAGCACAUCCAGUAUUGACAGUUUUGCCAGUUGUGCAACUGACUUCACGGAAACAGAGAGGUCUCCGCUCUCUCUGUUUCCUGGCUCUCACUUGCAAAUGAGAUUUCCAACUGAUGCUGUUAACCUGGAAGAAAACCAAAGAGCAAGAAGUUCUCAGUUUAUACCAUUUGCAAAAGACAGAGGAUUUUCUCCAACUGAUGUCACCUUUGACUACAAUCCAAUCAACAGAGCUGUUAUCAGUGAUGGCAGUGGGUCCCAAACUGUUUCACAUGGUCAUUUUCCUUUUGACUCUGCCAUGGAAAGCCCCAAAAGCUCCCUGAAAGGUAGCAACCCAUUAAAAUCUAGAUCCCUUAAAGUUAAUUUUAAAGACAAUAGAGGUGGUGCUCCACAAACUCCACCGAGCACCGCAAGGCCACUGCCAGUGACAGCAGGAGCAGACUUCACACAGGCCACUGCUCAGCACAUCAGCACCAUUCUCCUAGAAGAAAACUCCCCCCAAGGUGAACGGCCUGUACUUGGUGCUGAUGCACCUGCACUUUGUCAAGGACCUGCUAAAAAAUCAUCCCCUCUCUUUCCCAAACAAAAAAUUUUCACUUUCCCUUCUAAAGAGAGGAGGAGCUUCACUGAAAUAGACACUGGAGAAGAAGAAUUUAUGGAGUUACAUGGUAUGAAACAUGAGAAAAAACAGGAUAUCAAGACAAAUUGCUGUGGGGAUAAACACAGUGAUGGCAACAAUUUAACAGGGGAGCCACAGGUCAGCUCUUCACCCAAAAGCAUGAGCCACAACUGUACUCAAGACAUUUACCAUGCUGUGGGUGAGGUAAAGCCAGACAGUAACCAAGAAGGCCACAAAAUGGAAAACCAUUUAUUUGCUCCAGAAAUUCAUUCAAGUCCAGGAGAAACUGGUUAUUGUCCUACACGUGAAACUAGCAUGUGACUAGUUACAGAAGCAAUAAAAAUACCUUUUCUUAAAACACAUUUAGUAAUGCCUAUGAACUAAAACAUGGAAAGCCUCAACAAAAGUGCAUAAAAUGUUAUUUUUGCAUGGCAUGAAGAGUUGUUUAGUUUAAAUACUGUUUAAUUAAAAAAAAAAAAAGACUGCUUUUGUAACAAACUGAAAAAAAACAGGGAAAAAUUACUCAAGAAUGGUGAAUACAAUAAAGAGAGCUUUAUUAGGAGUCA